AUGCGCCUCGUAAUCGCGGGCGGCCCGCGAACCGUCGUCGUGGCUACAGCUGCCGGCCUUUCAUCCACGACCCGACCAGCAGCAAUACGGCCGUGGGAUUUUCAUUUUCUUUCAUUUCGACAUCAUUAUCGCAUCCGCGCAACGAAGGGUAGGAGGAAGAGGUCGAAGGGGAGGGAAUUCUCAACGAGCGCCGCUUGCUUGUCACCAUCAACCCGACCUCAUGAUCCCGUCAUCCAGAAUGCAGCACCACCUCCGCCGCCACUCUCGUCGUUUUCAUCUUCAUCUGCACCUGCAAUGCCAAAAGAGUCGGGCGGGAUAGGCAUUCUUCCGCCUACGGACCUGACUUCCCCAGUAGAAAACAGCAAUAUCGGGAACAAUGCCGGUAAUAAUGUAAUCCUUCCCCUCCAUCCCUCCCCUCCAUCCUCUCUGUCGCGAGACAUAAAACAACAAGACCAAGACCGGGAGCAAACCUCAACUUCGGCCUCGGACUCCUCCCAAACCCCCCCCGGUGCAUCCCAGUCCGUUAUGCACGCCACUGCUACAGCAGCAGCAGAGGCGGCAGAGGUAGGAAAACAACCACCACAGCCACAGCCACAGACGCAGCCAUCAUCCUCGGCCACGACUUCUAGAUCCUUUCGGCAAAUCAUCCAAUCUAGUGCCAUCGGACGUGCUGCCGAUUUCUACAGUCGCAUACAAGGUCGCAGACCGUACUGGACGCAGUUGUGGUGUACAUUGUUUAUUUAUCUAUGUGGGGAUCUAAGUGCGCAGCUGUUUGUAGGGGAUGCUGGGGGGAAAGCCAAAGACAAGGACAACGAUAUGGAGAAGAAAGCAAAUAAGAAGAAUGGGGAGCAAGAGAGAGGGAUGGGUGAUGAGGUAGAGAAGGAGGGUGUAAUGGCUCGGUAUGACCCGCUGAGGACGGUUAGGCAUAUGACGGUUGGCGCUCUUGCUGCUGUUCCGGGGUAUAAAUGGUUCAUGUACCUCCACAACAACUUCAACUUCCGCUCCAAACCUCGCUUCGUCUCAAUCAUCACAAAAGUAGCCAUUAACCAAGUCUGCUUCACACCGAUCUUCAACACGUAUUUCUUCUGCAUGCAAUCACUACUGGCGGGUACCUCGCUCACGGAGACGUGGGAGCGCCUCAAACUGGCCUUACCGACUAGCAUCGUGAAUAGCGCGAAGUUAUGGCCGGCCGUGACGGCGUUUAUGUUCAUGUAUGUUGAUCCACAGUUUCGGAACAUAUUCGCCGGUGCUAUUGCGGUGGGUUGGCAGACGUAUCUUAGCUGGUUAAAUCAGAAGGCGGCAAAGGAGGUUGAGGCAGCGGAAGCUGCGCAAGUGCAAGCGCAGGCUGUGGAAGUGGAAGGAUUGAGGCAGGAUGGAGGAGGAGUAGGGGUUGUGGCAUCGGUUGCUGCGACUUCUUGA